UUUCGCAACUUUUGACAUAAAAGCUCUUAACCACUAACUUUGUAAAACUUGCUUUCCAAGUUUUGGUGCCACCUCCAUCUCCAUCCCUAUAUCGUUGAUUGAUUUUCGGAAUUUGGCAGCCCAUCAUUUAACAGAACCAACCCUAAAUUUACUAGUACUAUUCCUACUUCAAAAUUCACAGCAAGAGAAGAGGUUCUUACAUUUGAACGCCAUGGCUGUGAAGUUAACAGAGUACGAAUUGGCCUGCAAUUGUAACUACAAACUCUACGAUGUCGUUCUGGACGACACCGAAAUCGAAACCACCGUCACUGCUGAUCCUUCUGUUGUGUCCUCAUGGAUCAAAAGAAUUGAAAUCGAAAACGGAUCCCGUCUCCACCGCUUGAUCGUAGGGCUUGACAUCGAGUGGCGCCCAAACUUUAACCCCGUCGCCACUAUCCAGCUGUGUGUCGGAGACUACUGCAUCAUCUACCAAAUUAUCCACUCCAACAACAUUCCCCGCCGACUCCGAAAAUUCCUGAAGAACGACGACUAUAGAUUCGUUGGGGUUGGUAUUCGUAGUGACGUGGACAAGCUGUGGGAGGACUAUGGACUUGAAGUGUCGAACACGGUUGAUCUCCGGGAGUGGGCGGCAGAGGAGCUGAACAAGAAGAAGCUUCUCAAUUCGGGGCUUAAAGGUUUGGGGAAGAAAAUUGCGGGAAUAGAGAUUGAGAAGCCCAAGAAUGUGACAACCAGUGCUUGGGAUCGGCGUUGGCUUAGCCGUAAGCAGAUAUGUUAUGCUUGCCUUGAUGCCUAUCUUUCAUUUGAAGUUGGGAGGGUCUUAAGUGCUUGGUAUUAGAAUAUGCUUAUCUUUCCCUUUAUUAAAAAGUAACCCAAGAAUAUAUAUAUAUAUAUAUAUAUAUAUAAGUAAAAUACACCAGAUAUCGUUUUCUUCUACUCAAAUUGUAUGUGCGCAUAUGAAACUAUUUCCUCUAUUUUGUGUUGACUCCAGUUUACUAUCAAUCCAUCUGGAUUAUGAGAGAUUUGAUUUUGUGUUCCUUUGUAAAUACUAAAUAGUAUUAUUUUAGCUAAAUGAUUUGUACACAGGAGAUUGUCCUCUGAUUUCUUUUACUAUUUGAUGCUUCUUCUAUUUCGAUUAUCGUAUUAUUUUGCUAUA